AUGGCAUAUCUGCUCACCGGUGGCAUGGGGUGCAUCGGUACUUACGUCAUCCGCGACCUAUUGGCAGCCGGUGAAAAGGUAGUCGUAUACGAUUUUGCUUACGACCUAACCAUUCCCAAAAUGGUACUUGCAGACGAACAACUUGAAGGGUUCACCUUCGUGCAGGGCGACAUCACCGACCUGCCACACAUCCUGCGCACUAUCCAAGAACAUGAGAUUGAUCGGGUUAUCCAUCUCGCCUCGUGGCAGGUCCCGGCGUGCAAUGCGAAUCCACCGGAGGCACUAAAGGUGGUUUGCGAAGGCACGAUCAACAUAUUGGAAGCGGCGCGUAUUUUCAAGCUCAAACGUGUUGUGUGGGCAAGUAGUGUUGCAGUCUUCGGGGCACCAGAGGAUUACAACCACGAACAGAUUCUCAACGAUGCCCCCCACUAUCCGAAGUUCAUCUAUGGGGCAUGCAAAUCCCUCAACGAGAGAUACGCAAUGCACUAUUUUGAUGCCUACGGUGUAGAUUCGAUCGGGCUUCGGUUUACUGCGGUCUAUGGGGUCGGUAGAACCCGCGGCAUGAGUUCAUUCACAACGCAAAUGAUCGAAGCAGUGGCAUUAGGUAAACCAUACGUCUGUCCGUUUGGUGAUGAUGCGGUGGAUUGGCAGUAUGUAGAGGAUGUCUCUCGUUCGAUCGUGGUCGCUUGCACCUGUCCAACAACGCAGACACGCGUCUUCAAUGUGAAGGGCGGUAUCCGCCCCGUCAAAGACGGCGUGGCAUAUCUCAAGACCUUAGUGCCAGAUGCACAGAUUACGUUGGAACCAGGGGUGUUUGGAAUCUCGUGGGACUACGACGCAACGCCUAUCGCUGAAGAGAUGGGAUUUACGCCUGACUACACGAUGGAGCAAGGGAUUCUGAAAACGUUCAAUCGUUUCCGAGCGCGCGCAGGGUUGGCGCAAAUAUAG